AAAAAGGAAAAGCCAAUCUCAUAAACUACACUUCAUUUCGUCACACCUCCCCACGCCUCUCUCUCUCUCUCCUCCGUCUGCAAAACCCCCGGCGCCUCCGCCUCUUUCUCUUCCGGCUCCGUCCUCCGGCCUCUGCCUCUCCAUCAACCUCAAUUUUCUCUUCAGGGAUCUGUAGGAACCCAAAGCAUCAAAUUCGUUCACCAGGAUUGUCUCCUUCAGUCGCACUCAAUCUCCGUAAUGCUUCCCGAUGCGAGAUUAGGUUCUUGUAGUUUGGAUUGCAUUGGAUCUGCAUAUCUAAUCUCAGAAGGAAGUUUAAAUUCUCCUGAAGCACCUGCUAGUAUAGGAACUCAAGAUGCAACAAAUUCAGAAAUUUCAAACAGAAAACCUAGAGGUAAGGCAAAGGCAUUGGACAAAGGAAAAGUAAUAGAACCUGUUGAAGUCGAAUUCAAUGAAAGAAGUCAGCCUUACGGGAAACAUGCAGCUAGAUUUGCUACUUUCCUUGGUGUCACAGCAAGAGAACUAGUGCCAUUAACAAUUCCCUCCUGGACUGGGAAAGCACUCUCAGAUGAAUUCAAAACUGAAAUCUGGAAACACAUCACUACUUAUUACAUUGUGGACGAGUGUCACAAGAAAGUAAUUUUUCAAAGAAUGUCUAAGCUUUGGCGAGAUCAUAGAAGCUUGACAUUAAAAGAAGUAAUGAAGCAAGCUGAAUUGGUAGGCCUACAAACAGCUGCUGCCAUGUGCAAACCUGAUAAUAUACAUUCUAUGGAUGAGUGGUUAAGUUUUAUCAAAUCCAGGAUGACUCCAGCGUUUAUGGAAAAGUGUGAAAAGUUUAGACGGAUGAGAGAACGAAAAACUUUACUUCAUAGGACAAGUAGAAAAAGCUUUGCCUGCAUUGAGGAUGAAUUGAAGCAAAAGAGUGACAAACCUGAUUCAAUAACAAGGUGUGAUGUGUGGCUUCAUGCUUAUGAAGCAAAGAAGAAGGAUUCAAGUGAAGAUGUUGAAGAUCCAGAAGUAGUGAAACAAGUCAAACAAAACAUGGCAGAACAAGUGACUUCGCAAACUCAUUCUGUCAACGAUGAUGCUGUUUCUAAAGUUUUAGGACCUGAUCGACGAGGGCGAGUACGUGGAUAUGGAUUUGGAGCACUUCCUUCGAAGGUAGAUGGUCAAACAUUUGUGGGUAACAAAGUUACUAUGUUGGAGAAUGCACUAUCUGCUACUUCACGAGAGCUGCAAGGGUUGAAGAUGAUGGUAAAAUAUCUUUUAGCUCGGUCAGACGAAGGAGAGAAGAAGAAUGAAACCAGCAGUAGUGCUCAGCAUUCUGCCACUGAGAGUGCAGAAAGUAAAAAAAUAAAUACAACUAUUAGAAGUUCUAAUAAUGAUAGAGCAGAGAGCAAGAAAAGAAAACUUAAAGAUGGUAGAGUUGGAGGUUCUGAACAAGAAACAAGCAAAAAGAGCAAGCAAAAGACACAUGCAAGUAUUCAGUCAACAGCGAAAGAAAAGGAAGGUGGAAGUGAAGUAAUGUUUGUUCCUUCAAUGAAAAAAUUGCACUUGUUAAGUUGGCUGGAUAAAGAUGAAAAGCUUGUUGCAACUGCUGACCUUCACUCAGAGGAUCCAAACGAGAAAGUACAUAGUGUUCCUCUUGGUCCUGGCUGUUGGAAAGUUUGGGUGCGCGAAGUCUCUCAUGACAUAGCUUUGUUUCGGCCAACCCAAGAGUUCUGUACGCUUGCUGCAGCUAAGGGAAGCCCAGUGGCUUGGCCCAUAAACUUCAUCAAGUUACUUUGAUAUAUGUGGCUAUUCGAGGCUUCUCACUCCUCCAGAAACUCCUACAUGUGAUAUGGAAUGCAGUUCAUAGAUUCAAUGUGAAGUAAAGUGCAGUUAUGGUCCUGGAAGUUUGAAGUAUAUGAUCAUGAACUUACCACAACGGUUUCAGUUGAAGUGCAGGUUGGGUGGUUUGUGUAUAACCAUGACAUUUGUGGAUUCAUGAUUCUAGAAGCUACAUUUGUGGACUUAAGUUUAUUUAAUGGAAUUGCUACAUUUGAAAUAUAAUUUAAGUUGAUCAAUAUAAUGGAUAAUUUUAUGAAAUGCUCA